AUGUAUACAACAAUGACAACGUCAUCUCCUACAGCAGCUGAACAACACUCAUUGGGAUGUGAAAGUGAAUCCAGCAACCACCCUCAACGAGUUGAUUCAAACCCACCUGGACUUCUCUCGUUUUUACCAAACAAUGAAAAAACAAUUCCUUCUGCCUUACCUGUUGUUGGUAUUCCCCAUAAUGAGGCGGUUCGUCAACCUACUCUUUUAGAGCGUCGUGAAAAGAAACUAUGUAGUGCUAGUUUUCCUAGUCUGGAUGCGGAAACAUUACAGGAUGAUUGUCGUGCUAAUAUAUCAGAGGGUAGUAGUGCUAGUUCUGUUUUUCGUGGUUGGGCGAAAACUCAAAUAGGUAGUAGUUUGAGUACAUCAUCUGUAGAGGGUAUGGUAAAACUGGUAAGUUACAACAUUUUAGCGCAGCGUUUCGUAUCAACAGAUUUAUACCCGCAUUGUCCAACUUUUGCUCUCGCCGAGGAUUACCGAUGUUCUCUUUUACAAGAAGAACUAAGUAACGCUGCUCCUGAUAUUAUAGCUUUACAGGAAGUUAGUCUAGAUGUUUUUCAAAAACCUGGUUUACUGGGUGAUUGGUUACGAUCACAAUACCAUGCUGUCGGAAAUCAUGUGGUAAUAACUGACUCUAAUGGACGCCCCAGAUCUUAUGGUGAAGAUGUUCAGGGUCCCCGGUCCGAUAAUACUCCUCUCUCUCAUGAGAUGGGUCUUGUUUCACCAGAGGUAGAACGCCACGGUGUUUCUCCGAUUAAUGCCGCUUCUAACGAUAAUGGUUUUCCAUAUCAUAGACGCUCUGAGAUGGAAGGUGUAUGCAUAUUUUACCUAGAGAAUCGCUUUGAGUUAUGUGAGGUAGUCCCUAUCCGAUUUAAUGAAAUAGCUUCUGCCGAUCUUGACCUUACGGAGUGCGAGCGUCGUCGAUUACAAGUGAACUCCCACAACGUGGCGCUCAUCUCCGUCCUGCGGGAUCGUCAGGCGCCGCACAUUGUGUAUGUGGUCUGCACUGUGCAUCUCAUCUGGCAGCAAACGGCCUGUCAGCUCUGGCAGCUGCACCACGUACUGCGGGCGGUGGAGGAACUCAAACAAAAGUACGAGGCGCUGCCGGACGGCGCCGUGGCGGUCGUUCUCGCGGGCGACUUCAACGCGGAGCCCACCGCCCCGACGCUGCAGUUCGCCCUCGCCGGGCAGCCGCCGCCGGACAGCGACGUCGUGCGGGGUUGGCGACUGCCAGAGAAUGGCAACAACAACAGCAACAGCAACCAUAACCAUGGCAAUGAUAAUAACAAUAAGAAGAGUUACAAUAGUAAUAAUGAUAAGAAUAAAAAUAACAACACAGAAGGGGAGGUAGCACGAAAACGGUACCGUAUCACAGAAAGCGUGGGGCACUCCCUUACGCUACACGACGUAUAUGCCGCUUACCGCGCGCAGCACUCACAGUGCGUGUCCGCGGUUAAUCCGUCUACAAAUGGGGAGGGUAAAGUACUGGACCAUAUUCUCCUCGACGAGCAGCACGUCGUCUGCACAGCUGUCCUCGAACUCUCUGGACUUAUGGAUCUGCCAACAAAGCACUGUCCCAGUGAUCACUACCCUGUGGGGGCCAUAUUCGCUCCGCGUAGUUUAGUUGCAUGA